UCCUCCGCUAGCUUAGCCUGCUAGCUGGCAGCUCAGGUAAACAUGGCCAUGUCUCAGGCUCUGUCAGAGGAGGAGUUCCAUCGGAUGCAGGCUCAGCUGUUGGAGCUUCGGACUCAGAACUACCAGCUGUCUGAUGAUCUCAGGAAGAACUCGGCUGAGCUGAACGCCGUCCGUCAGAAGAAUGUGGUUUUGGAAAGAGAUUUUGUCAAAGCACAAAAGGCUUUGAAUAAAAGCAAAAAAGCUCAGGAGGUGGAGGCGCUGCUGAGUGAGAACGAGAUGCUUCAAGGGAAACUCCACAGUCAGGAGGAAGACUUCAGACUACAGAACAGCACGCUGAUGACCGAACUCUCCAAGCUGUGUACGCAGAUCGAGCAGCUGGAGCAGGAGAACCAGGGCCUGAAGGAGGGAGGAGCAGCGUCUGCGUCCAGCCCCCCGCCUAACCCCGCCUCCAGUCCCGUGGAUGGAGAGCUGCUCCGCCUGCAGGCGGAGAACUCCACCCUGCAGAAGCAGCUGAAAGCUCUCCAGGAGCGCUAUGCCCCCGGCAACCAAAGCGCUACCACGGAGAAGGACGAGUCCGCCAGCGCCAACGGAGUCUCUGAUGUCACAGGGAGAGGGGAGGAGCCAGCAGCAGAGGGACCCAAUGAGAGGCUGGACCAGACGGAGGCUCAGCUGGAACAAACGGAGAAAAAACUUCACGGCCUGUCAGAGACGAGCGUAGAGAAGAUUGUAGCUAAGCAGGCAGCGCUAGGCUGGUCGGCUGCUCUCUGUCCAAUAACUCACUGCUUUGGACCAGAGCUGGAGAUGGCACUGAACACCGAGCAGGAGGAGAAGAGGCUGCUGAGGGAGCAGGUCCACAACCUGGAGGUGUCCAAACAGGCUGAAAUCACCAAACUGCAGGAGGAGAUAACAAAGCUGUCUGACAAGUUAAAGAAGAAACAGGAGAGUUUCCAGCGUCUGCAGGGAGAGAAGGAGGCUCUGUACAACGACAGCAGGACAAAAAUCGAUGAGAUCAACCAAAGAAAAGAGGAGGAGCUGAAGGCAACAAACAUCCGCAUCCAGAAACUGCAGUCAGACGUGAUGGCGGCCAAUCAGGUGACGGCUGAGCUGAGAGAGCAGCUGCAGAGCAAAGAGAAAGAGCACGAGCUGGCUCUGCACAACCUGAGAGACCAGGUAGCCAGUCAGAGCGCAGUCAGUCAGGAGCAGGUUGACAACAUCCUGCAGGAGAACGAUGCUCUGAGGACAAACCUAGCUGCUCUAGAACAGAUCCAGACGGUGAAGACGCAGGAGAUGAAUCUGUUGCGUGAGCAGCAGGAGGCGCUGACGUCCGAGCUGCAGCAGAGACGAGCCGAACAGGAGAGUCUGUUGGCUCAGAGGGACGACCUGGACUCCCAGCUGCAGGAGUCGAGUUUUGCCAACAGGAAGUUGUUGGAGCAGUUAACAGAAGAAGGACAAGAGAAGGAGAAACUGCUGAGGGAUCUGGACGAGGCCAGGAAGACAGCAGAGAAGAGGAAGUCCAUGCUGGACGACAUGGCCAUACAGCUGAACCAGGAGAAGUCUGACCACAAGGAGGCGCUGUCAGACCUCAAACUGCAGCACGAGAAGGAGGUCCUCGGGGUUCGGGCUCGAUAUGAGAAGGAGCUCAGAGGGCUCCAUGAAGACAAGAAUCGCUCUGAGGAGGAGAUCCGACAGCAGCUCAGAGAUGAGAAGGCUCGGACGAAGGAGCUGGAGGGUCUCCAGCAGCGGGUGGAGGAGCUGCAGGCGCAGGUUCUGUCCAUGGAGGGAACCAAAGGAUGGUUUGAGAGACGACUGAAGGAGGCGGAGGAGAACAUCGAGAAGAACUCUCUGGAACAUCAGGAGGAGAUCGAGCGGCUGCAGACAGAACACACACUUCAACUGGAGGUACGCAAACGUGUGGGACUGCUGCAGCUGGUCCCCGAGCAGAGCGAGUUGAGCGUCCCUGAGUUCAGUAGUUUUGGAGUGCGUUGUUGA